AUGAAGACCAAGAACAAACAGACAAAGUUCCCCGUUGCACGAAUCAAGAAGAUUAUGCAGAAAGAUGAGGAAGUCGGGAAGGUUGCGCAAGCUACGCCAGUGGUCAUUUCGAAAGCAUUGGAAUUGUUCCUGGCUAUGAUUGUGGAGGAGGCGGCUAAAGUCACGGUUGAACGGGGGGCAAAGAAGGUUGAAGCUUAUCACUUAAAGCAUGCGAUCGAAACAACAGAGAUGUUGGAUUUCUUAAAGGAAAUAGUUGAAUCUGUACCUGACCCUUCGGCGGGCGGUACCAUCGACCUACAAGCUGAGGCGGCAGAAAACGCGAAGCGAAAGAGGAGCAAAGCGAAGAAAAACGGGGUGGCAUCUGGGGAUGGCCCAAAGAGGCGGCGGAAAAAGAAAGAGGAUGUUGACAUGGAGGGUGUGCCAGAAGAGACGAUGGGAGAAGUCAAAUCUGAGGAAGGAGAUCCUCGAAUGGAAGACGAUGAUGAUGCACGUGAAGAGUCAUCGUCUCGUCCCCGGCACCGACGGAGUGAUGAUGGCGAGGAUGACAUGCCAUACGUACCGCGGUGA